ACUGCACGGCCCAUGCUGUUCCAGCCUCAACACAAAGUAAUAUAUCACAUUGUUAAUAGAUUUGUCCCAGCCGGGCUUCCGUCGUCAGAUGACAGCUGUGGGCAAUGUGCUUCAAGUAAACCAGGAAGUAGUACAGUGCCCAGGCUGCAGAGAGAGAGGAGUCAGAGGAACACAGCAGCAGUGAACAGUAAUCUGCUAUGAGGCUGAGCCUGUGAGUGUUCUUAUAUACUGUAAUCUCUGAAACCACUAAUGGCAUCCGAGGAUAAAAACCUGGCUGAGCAGUCAGCGCCUGGCCACCUCAAGCUCCAGUUUGUACCUCUCUGUAGUGCAUUAGAUGCUGGCUUCUGGCAUGAACUCACUCAGAAGAAGCUCAAUGAGUACCGCCUAGAUGAAACGGCGAAGGUCAUAAAGGGUUACUAUUAUAAUGGCGAUCCUCCUGGUCUUCCGUCACGCCUCACUCUAGAGUUCAGUGCCUUUGACAGGAAUGGUCCAACCCCAGCACGCUGUUGUCCAGCUUUUGGCUCCCUAUACAACACAAACACUCUGGAUUCCUUCAAGUCAUGUGAUAAGAAAGCACUGUUGGAUCAGGCAGCCAAUGAGAUUUGGGAUGCAAUAAAAUCUGGAGCUGCUCUUGAGGACCCAGUGCUGUUGAAUAAAUUCCUCCUGGUGACAUUUGCAGAUUUAAAGAAGUAUUGGUUCUAUUACUGGUUUUGCUUCCCCGCGUUGAGCCUUAAUGGGAUAGAAUUGAUAAAGCAGCCUGUAUCCAUUGGUGAAAAGUUCUCCGAAUCCCAGGUGCUAAAUUUUCAGAGAGCCUAUGAUGAUCUUUGCCAAAAUGAAGGUGCCUCCCCACAACCGUACUUCUUAAUCCGGUACACAGAAAAUGAUUUUGCUAUGUCUCCGCUGCGGAAAUUCCACCAACUCUAUAAAGACGGGGACAAGGUAACACUUGGAGUGUAUGACCCAUGCACUUUACCAGAAUACCCUGGGUGGCCCUUGAGGAAUGUGCUGGUGCUGGCUGCUUUCCACUGGGGCAGCCAGGUACAGUCCAUUGAAGUCAUCUGCCUCAGAGACCGAACUCUGCAGGGUGAAAGGAACAUUAAGCACAGUAUCAGCUUUGAAAUAAACCUUCCCCAAGUGACGCAGAGCCAAGAUUGCCCAAAAGCUGUCGGCUGGGAGAAAAACCAAAGAGGUGGUAUGGGUCCCAGAAUGGUAAAUCUCAGUGAGUGUAUGGACCCCAAGAGGUUGGCAGAAUCGUCUGUUGAUCUUAACCUAAAACUGAUGCGUUGGCGUUUAGUGCCCACCCUGGAUUUGGAGAAAGUGAUCUCUGCUAAGUGCUUGCUGCUUGGAGCAGGCACUCUUGGGUGUAACGUGGCUAGGACAUUAAUGGGAUGGGGCGUUAGACACAUAACGUUUGUGGACAAUGCCAAAAUCUCGUACUCUAACCCAGUUCGGCAGCCUCUGUAUGAGUUUGAAGACUGUCUUGGAGGUGGAAAAUCAAAGGCUUUGGCAGCAGCGGAGAAACUUCAGAAGAUAUUCCCUGGAGUGAUCACUAAAGGCUAUAACAUGAGUAUUCCAAUGCCGGGCCAUCCUGUGAAUUUCUCAGAGGAGACAAUGACUCAGGCCUGUAAAGAAGUGGAGAAACUGGAGGGUCUCAUUGCAGAACACGAUGUGGUGUUUCUACUAAUGGACACUCGGGAAAGUCGCUGGCUCCCUACUGUCAUUGCCGCGAGUCAGAAGAAGUUAGUCAUCAACGCUGCUCUGGGGUUUGACACCUUUGUGGUAAUGCGACAUGGGCUGAAGAAAGGAAAGCAGGAGGGGGCCGCUGAAUCACACUCGGACGUUGCUGGCUCGUCCGAUCUCUUGGGCUCUUCUCUGUUCUCUAACAUCCCUGGAUAUAAGCUUGGCUGCUAUUUCUGUAAUGAUGUGGUGGCACCGGGGGAUUCCACUAGAGACCGUACACUGGAUCAGCAGUGCACUGUAAGCCGGCCGGGGUUAUCCAUGAUUGCUGGAGCUUUGGCAGUGGAGCUCAUGGUGUCCGUCAUACAGCAUCCUGAAGGAGGUUACGCUGUGGCCAGCAGCAGUGAUGAUAGAAUGAAUGAGCCCCCAACUUCCCUGGGACUAGUUCCGCAUCAGAUUCGAGGUUUUUUGUCAAGAUUUGAUAAUGUUUUACCAGUCAGCCUCGCAUUUGACAAGUGCACAGCUUGUUCUCCAAAGGUGAUUGAUCAGUACGAGAAAGAUGGCUUCCAAUUCUUGGCCAAUGUUUUUAACUCUUCACACUCCUUUCUGGAAGAUUUGACGGGUUUAACUUUACUGCAUCAAGAGACACAAGCGGCAGAGAUCUGGGACAUGAGUGACGAUGAAGUGAUCUAAAUGCAGAGAUCCCAGGUUCCGACUGGGUUACAUUGGCGUCCUUCUUUCCCGUCUGCAAACAUGCUUUUUUUUAAUCUCUCCAUUUAAUCUCAUAUCAUGAUCUUCUUUUGAACAGGACUCUACAUUUUUAUUACUGUAGACUGAAUCACUAAAUUUACUUUUAUAUGAGUUUCUCUAAUGUUUCUUCCCAGAUACCAUCUAUGUAAAGAUCAAAAGCGGUCUUUUUGUUUGAUCAUCUCCCUGUAAAUAUAUUCUUGCUGAAGUAAAACAGAUAAAUUCCAGAGCACCUACAGUAUAUGAGAUAUACAUAUCUACAAACACAGGCAGAUAUGGUAAUAUAUAUGCGAAAGAAGUAUGAACAUACAGUAUGCACUGUUAUGCAUGGACAUAUGUACCAAAGUGCCCCUUUAGUAAUAAAAUUAAUCAGUACUU